UAGCGGGAGAGUCAUGGUCCAAGAAUAGUCGUACGAGUGCCACAAUGGUGGAGACGAAGAUUAUAUAUAGGGCGUGGCCAUCGUAAUGGUGAGUGACUGCCCCGCAACAAUCCACGACAGAGCAUCACAAGCCAUACGACUACCACACCAACUCACUCCACUCGCCUCACCCCUUGCCUUCUUCUCAACAUGGCCAGCGCCUCCGUCAUCAUCGCCAUUGUCUUUAUACCCAUCUAUUUGAUCCUCGCCCUCUUCUCGCUUGCACUCGCAGUUCGGGAUGGCUUCAAGCGCGAGGCAGGCUUCUUGCCCCUCUUGAUCUUCUCCGUGGUACGUUGCGUAGGCAACAUUCUCAUGGUCUACGUCUAUUACGCCAAGUCAACGUCUUCAGGACUGUACAUUGCCGCCUAUCUCCUUCAAGGCCUUGGCUACAGCUUCUUGGUCGUCUCUGGUCUCAGCUUGCUCAUACGACUAGUCUCUCCAGCCCACGAGUCCCACGAGUCCCACGGUGCCUCGGGCCUCCUUGGAUCUGGCUUCGCUAGGCCUGUCCGACUUCUGCAAACAGCCAGCCUGGUCGGCCUAAUCGUCCUCAUUGUCGGCUACACACAAUCUCCGCUGUUCGACAAUCUUUCGGCCUCUGAAAUGGCAGGCACGAGCUCAGCAGGAGGGUACAGCACCGAGGUCAAAGCAGGAGACGUCAUCUUCAUCGUCGUGACGGUUGGUUUCAUCCUCCUCAACCUGGUUCAGAUGUUCUCGCUCGGAGAAGGCAAAAGCAUCAAGCUCUCUUGCGUGCUCCUCUUGGCAUCGGCCUUUAUGUUGGCGAGUGCCAUCUACUCGACAAUCACCGCCUUCUCGUCCAACCCAUUGGGCGUAAAUGUGUGGAUCAAGCUCGUAUUCCUUCAAAUCUCUCAGGCCCUUGCCGCCUUCGUCCUACUCUUCUUCGGCUUGAUCAUGAGGAGAAACCCUCCAACAACUUCGGAGAGCGAUAAGAAUGCUCCUGCGCCCUAUGCGGCAUAGAAGGGGAAAUCUGGCCCAAGGAUGGUGAAGCAGGUGCAAGAAUGGACGGUCCGGGACAGUGAUCGACAGGACGCUUCUGCGCUCAAGGUGAUUCGCCAGCGCUUCUCACAUAGAGUACUACAUCAGCUUGUGUUGCCAUGUUUUGUAAAUAUCUCUUGUAAAUAUCUCCUUCAAGCGUGUGCA